AUGGCUUCCAACACACCACCAUCAGUCAACCCUAAUGAGGUGCCAAGUCUCCCAAUGGGCUACUCAUUCGAUGCCCUGUACAAUACUGUGCCACCACAUGCUUUUGCCCAGGACCUAUCCACCAUUGGCGGCACCGGCCACCUGUUCCCAGGAGCCACUCAACCACCGCUUCUGGGUUACGGGCCCUACCAACAAACCUGCGUUUCUGACUGGACUUUGCAAAACGUGUCAAAUGCGGCAGUCCCACCAAUUCUUGCCAGCCAGAACUUUUUCUCCGAUCUGAGGUUUGAAUUCAUGGAAGAUGUUCUACCAUUGGCCGCCGAUGCAUAUCCUGAACAUCUUCUAGAACAACAGUCAGAUCAUAAAUGGUAA